AUGUUGUCGAGCGUGCGUGGGAGUCAGGCGAGUACGUCUGCACGUGUACACGAGGUUACUUCUACGGUUCAUGCGCUUCAGCGCCCAGUGGACAGAGGGAGGCGCCAGGCGUGAAAGCGGUGGUGGUCGCUAAUACUUUCAUUCUUAUUUUCGGAAGGUUGGCGAGCCCAUGAUGCGAUACGUAUCCACGCACCAAUCGGGGCAUUUGCAUGCACCGUAGCCGUUGUGGCUUCAGUUUGGCAGAAGCCAUUCGCCGCAGCAAGCUUGCCCCCUUUGAUGCUCUCUUGCUGCACGCGCCACCGGCUCCCAACAGCAAUCGCCACACGGCAAUUCAGGCUGAGACGAAUGGGCGGCGAUUCUGAAGCUCAGCGCUUGCUGGCUGUGAAACAACGUGACGUGGGAUACCUGAACCCUGGCGAUCGUGACUACGACCAGAAGUUAACGCAGCUUUGGGGUGGACCUGGGAUCCGGUGGUACCACGAGGCUGUCAGAACAUUUCCUGCUUCGUAUCGUGGUUCUGACAAGGUGGCUCUCGUCACCGGCAGUUGUGGUGGCAUUGGGUUUUACGUUGCCAAGCUACUUGCUCAUUGUGGCUACACUGUGAUCAUACCCGCAAGACCAGGUUUGGAGAGUGAGGCGCAAGGCGCGAUGUCUGCAAUCUCCGAAGCUGUCCCUGAAGCCAAGAUUGUGAUUCCUCCUUCGACCUUGGAUCUCAGAAGCUUCGCGUCUGUACGCGUGUUUUCGAAAUCUGUCCGAGAAGCGCACCCGUGCAUCGAUGUUCUUUGCUUGAACGCCGGUCGAGGCGGUGGCUCAAGCGACCCUCGCGAAGAUACAGGUGAUGGGCACGAGGCAAUCAUGCAAGUAAACACCACGAGUCAGUGGUUACUGGCGUGCGAGUUGCUCCCAUCUCUGCAGGCUAGCCCAAAGGCGCGAAUCGUCUGCCAGUCCAGCGGCGCGCGCUUCAACGUCAGGCCAGAAGAUGUCCAUGACCUCGACGGUACCGGCCCAGCUGCUUUCAACGCGUGGGCCCAGUAUUCCUUGUCGAAGGCAUGCAUGUGCCUCUUUGCUCGUGCCCUGAAUGAUCGCCUUGUUGCACAUGACGUCGAUAAUGUCAUCGCGCUCGUCUCCGAGCCAGGUCUGACUGCUACCGGCGUGAACAUCCAGCACGACUUGGUCAAAAGCCUUGGCCUCACCAAGCGUGGCUUAAACAAUACGAAUGAGAUGCACGAUCAAGCAGGCCACCAUGCUGCAGACGGCGCGCUGCCCAUGACUCUGGCGAGCUUGGUGGGAGAAAGGAACGAGUUCUUUUGCACAAAUGGCAAUCGGUGUGGUUCACUGUCGGAAGCCGCCUUCAAGGCACCGUUGCGAGGAAGGGGAGAGCCCAUGCUGUGGGAUCCUGCUUUCUGUGACAAGUUCUGGGACAGUGCUAACCUACUAACUGGGGCGAGGUGGUCUUUCGCAUAGUCUGCAUGUGUGGUGUUUGAUUGCUUCCCGCAGCGUGUGAAAUAGUAAACAAAGGUAGGUGCAUGUAUGUACGCUGACGUCCAUUAGGG